AUGCACAUUGAUUUGUCGAGAAAAGAAAAUAUCACCCCUUUGGAAUACCUGGCCAACUUUCUAAGAAAAACAUAUCAAGAAGUAGGUUCAGAUGAAGAUCCAUUACAGGAAGAGGAUCAAUCUGAAGAGGACAACAAAGUUUCUUUCUGCAAAGAAUUUGACUUUUAUAUUACCAACGAAUCAUCAUCAGAAGAGAACCCGCUGACAAAUAAUUUAACCUUAACCGCUCUUGCUAGUAUGAAUAAUUUGAGCAAAAUACGAAAGGCACUUGUAAUCUGUGCAUUAAUUGAUAUUUCUUGUGCGACAUCAUCUCAGUUUCAGUAG